AUGGCGAAGGCUUCUACCCGAGUGCGCAAUGACAAGGAGCCUCGGAAACGCGGCCGUCCUCCCAAAAAGAAAUUUCAGCCCCCCAGUAGGACCCAGGUGGAAGUUCAAGUUCCUCCAACUCCAGAAGUCGUCUCGAAGCCUAAACCACGGCCACGGCCCAUUCCACAAAAAAAGCUCGGCACUCCGGAGUCGUCAGCGGCCACAGUGCCAGGUGGAUCCAGCUCCACACCAGAUGUUGGAGCAACUGUAGUGGCAUCAAAGUCCACUGACUUUGAUGAGAACACAGCCGCCGCUGCAUUGUUACUUGGCUUAGCUCGGCCAGUUGGAGACUCGGAGGUCCCAGAUCCGGCUGGGGAAUACAAUAUCGAGGAAGAAGACUUCUUCCAGAACCUCAAAGAAUCCGAGACCGGUGGCCUGGAUGACGAGCAUAGCCAGUUGGAAGAUGAGGAUGAAUCUGAAUCGGACGAUGGCAUCGAAGAUAAUGAAGAACCUGAGACUGACGAAGAUGUUGUUGACAUACCUCUCCAUGUGCCAGUCAAUGGCGUCCUUGACACUUUGACUGUGAGGUCCGAUAUAUCCUGGGAGAUUUUCUGUCGCAAGAUUGCAAAGGCUAUGGAGAUCUCCCUAGAGGAUCUCAGUAUUGCCUACAAGUUUUCAACCAAUGCGAAGACGGAUCCCCCGCGUAAACUCGACUCAGCUCGCAACCUGCUCCAGUUGCUUGAGGAUGCAAGUGAAGAACUCAGCAGUGCAACCAGAAGGUCACGGAAGAAGAAGUUUUCAGUAGUUGUUGUUGAUCUACGGUUGCCAGAAGUAAGCAAAGGUGAAUUGAAGAAGGGGGCAUUGACUGGCAGUAAGACAAAGGCUCGAUCAAGCAAGAAGGGAAAGGCAGACAACAAGGACAGUGAUGAUGAUGGAAAACCUACUGAUUCUGUCAACUGGAAUAAUGACACUGAUGUUGCGAAACUCCCCCCUCCGAAGAUUGUUGUUGGAUUGCAACUGAAAUAUGCCUGUGCGCAACACCAAGGGUGUUGUUUUGUCAUGAAAAAUGGUGACCAUCAUAAAAUUCCAUUGUCCGACAUAAGCCACUGGGCGUUCAUGAUUGUAUGA